AUGGCGCCAAAGAAAGUAUCUCCCAACCGCCGGCGGUCCAUCGCGGUACCAAACCAGAACUUGCCUUCACUUGUGCCGAAGGGUAGACGGCGAGCACAUAGUAUAGUUCCAGGUGCCACGCUGAGCCCAUUGGCCAAGGCACGACGCUCUCUUGCUCCGCGGAAGAGUAUUCUUAAAGCUUCUAUCAACACCCUGAAUGUCGACUCGUCCUCUCAACCCACGAACCAGCAGCCUUCGUCAACUGGAGAUGACUCUAGCAUCACCCGGUCGAUGGAUAUAACGCAUGACAAUACUACCCGCAAAUCAUUAGGUAGACGCGUUAGCUUCGCUGCUCAUUCACAUGUCCGCAUGUUUGAAACAAAUAACACCAACGAAUCUUCUACUCCCAGCUCGGAUCCAGCCUCACCGGAACCAUCUCAGGCACAAAAUAUCUCGAACGAAAACGAUUAUCCUGGCCAAACGUCUCGGAGAAGGCGUAGCUCUAUCCGUUAUUCUGUAGCCGGAAGCGAGGAUAUGGAUAUAACUGCAGUUAUCCCUGGAGGGAUGGCCGCUAGAGGGACAGCCAUUCUUGAUGAAGAGUUUGAUUACGAAGAAGAUGAGGACUAUGAAGACGCGGAUAUGGAUGUGACUGAAGCGAUACGUGGAGACUUUGCCCGAAAGCACUCUCUUUCAAUUGCUGGCCGUCGACCUCUUUCUCAGCUGCAGUCACCUUCGCAGCAGCAAUUCAACGAAGCAGACGAAACGCGUUCGGAUAAUGCAAAUGAAUCCUUUCAGUCAGAAGCGACAUCUGAGCAAUCCGAACAGUCGAUGGCAAUGGAAUUUACGAUACCUCUCGGACAGUCGCUAAAGCCAGCAGAGAAAGAUGAAGCUUGGCUUGCACUCAAACAGAUGACACAUUCAGGCAAUAAUCCUUCUGAACCCGAGCUCAGUUCAGAGGAUGAAAUGACACAGGAAGGGGAUAUGAACUUGGACGAUGCUAUGGAACGAUUAAGACGUGCCCGCGAUUCUUUGCCAGCCUCUCAAAAAGCAGAGCAACAAGCAAGUCAUGGUCAAGAUGAUACAUUUACCAGUACAGAAGAUAGUUUGGACAUGGACGACAAUCCGGAAGAAGGGAACAAAACAUUAAAUCUCAGUGUAGUCAUGGGCCGAGCUAGCCUUGCUCGCAAUUCACGUAUAAGUUUAGGAUACCAAGACUCUAAUAUGGACGAAUCCGAAAUUUAUGGCGAUAUUGUAGCGCCAGUUUCGCGUGAUUCUCUUGUUCCUCAGUCCUCCUCAUCCUCUUCUGAAAACGUCACCGGAAAACUCACAUUAUCGUCUGUAUUCCAACCACCGCGCCAGGACCCCAAACCAAAACCUUCAAUUGAGAUCUCCGCACCAUCAGCGAAGCCCUCCGUCCCAUUUUCUUUCACUCCUAGAGCCCCUUCUCCUACCAAGUCAAGUGAUGCCUCGAAACUGAAGCCUAAACCCACAUUUUCAGCCGCUUUCGCCCCUCCUGUCGCUAGAAAGUCACCCAAAAAGGUAGCAACUUCACCAAGCCCAGCCGUUAAGCGAACGCGUUCUUCUCCACAGGAUGAGAAUGAUAUUUAUGAGUGUGACCAACCCAGCCCAGCCAAACGACAAGCCUUGACAAAAGACCUUUCUACCGUCACUUCUCAAUCGAGCAAAAAUUCUUCGAGUUUGCCUUCAUCAUCUGCUACUGAAGCUGACUCUUCCCAAUUGCUUUCGCCUAUCAAGAAAGGAUCAUUCUCGACAUCGACCGCCGCAGCUGAGCCACCAUCUCGUCCAUCUACUGCACUGAGGAGACCCUCUGGAUAUUUUGCUAAAAGAAAGAGUUUGGCUGUUGGGUUCGAGCAGUCCUCAACGACCAAAGAUUUCUUGAACACUGGUAACUCGUCGCAAAAUAGCUCUACACAUGCCCGAGCGAGUAUGGGCUCGGCACCUCCUGAUGCUUGGACGCGAUUCAACAGGGAAGUUGGAUUUGACGCUGCUAAAGUCGUAGGAACGUCAAACGUGGUAUCUAUAGACAGGAUUGCAGAAGCAGGUGAUGUUAGGCAGGAAGACGUGGAGCAGCCUAAUACCACACAUUCCGCCCAGAGUUCUCCAGGGUCCAUCCAAUCCACUGCAGUGAUUGAGUCCAGAGAUCCCUCACCAGAAAUACAGAACAACCCAGCUCUCGUGGUACCUAACAUGGAAACCCAAUUUCCGAUACCGAAAAUGCAAAUUGAUAGAGACUCUACGCAACACUGGCGCGAAGGUGUUGAACAGACAGAAUAUGAAGAGGAGAACGAAGAAGUGCCCUCAAUAUCUGUUACACAGUUUUUUGCAAUGACUGGAGUCAAAUUCAUGGACGAAUUGACUGCUCCCAGACGAUCAAUGCAUCCUUCACAACAACCAAUUCGACAACCUCGAAAUACCACAGAAAUUCCAUUGGCCGAGUAUUUUACUGCGAUGGCUAUUGAUAUUCCUCAGCUUGAUCUCUAUUCGAGAGUGUCAAAGGAUUUAGAAGGUUGGAUGGAAAAAAGCAAAGCAGUAUUCGCGCAGACUGAAGAGGAAGCCGCCAAAGUUACACCGGAGCUUUUUGUAGAGUAUGCCAGGGCAGAUGAAGAGGGCCAAGCGGAACUUCUCCAACAACUUAAUCUUAUACGGACACAUACGCGCUUCUUAGCGAGAUCGGAUUGGUACGACUGGAAACUACAAUGGGUUGAAGGCCUGAGAAUGACGGCAGAGAGUGCCUUCACUUCGCUGGAAAAUGACGCCCGAGCGUUAGAAGGACCCAAGAAAGUCAUUACCAGUAUUAUUCCUGCUUUAGAGAAGGAAUACGAAGACAUUAUGCGUGAACUGGAAAAGGAGCAGACUGAAGUGGCCGAAAUUGAAGAUUGCGAUCAAGAUUACCUUAACGAACUCAAGGCUACAAUAGCAGAGCAAAACAUCGAAAUUGAGUCACUAAAGGCAGAACUUGCUGAAGGGAAUGAUCAGGUCAGAUGGCUUCAGGAACGCCUGGAGGAAAUCGAUACCCAGACACAGGAAGCCAAGCAAACGAUUAGCACUGCAGAGCGAGUGUUGCGGAUGAAGCAAACGUCGACUCGUGCGGAGGUAUUUAGGCUCAAAGGCGAACUAGAAGCCCUAGAAGACCUCCAUAGGUGUCGCAUCACUAAAGUGAACUCGAACUUGUUUGAAUACGUGUAUUCAUCUCUUUUUCAAGUCUCAAUACCUUGCAAAAAUUUUGUUCCGAUUGUCAAGAAAGUGACAAUCACUCGACACGGAAAGCCAGAGACAAGAUACAAGGAUGAUUAUCCUCAGCUCAGUUCCUUCCUCUUGAACUGUGCCAAACGGCUGAUCGUGGAAGGCGACGAUAUGACCGUUCGCGAGAUUGUUCAACGACUGGCAGAUUACUGGUCAUCGUGUGCUCGACUACGUUUGCAGCUCACGCUUCUGAACGUCAAAUUUCCCUUGGAGAUCUCUGUUCAACAUGGAGACUCUACACCACCACAGUUCAAAGCUUCUGUCAUGGUUAUGUUCCCAUCUGUGAAGGCCAAGGCUGUCGUCUCUUUUUUAUUCUCAUUUGACACUAUUUCUCGAUGGCCAAUGGCUAUUGACUCUCUGGAUUGUGAUGUUGAGGUCUCUUAUGGCCCUAUCGAUCGUUCGGCGAUACUCACUGCAUUAUCGUCACGACUCAGCCAGGCCUCGCCUAUGGAUAACUUCGCAUGCUUACUCGACGCAUGCAUAGAAGCUCAGGACGUCUAUCACUAA